CGGAGGGCUGGGCCCGGGCUUCCGCGGAGGAGGAGAUGGCUUCCAGCCCGCUGCCGGGGCCCAGCGACAUCCUGCUGGCCUCCCCUUCCAGCGCCUUCCAGCCCGACGCGCUGAGCCAGCCGCGCCCGGGCCACGCCAACCUCAAACCCAACCAGGUGGGGCAGGUGAUUCUCUACGGCAUUCCCAUCGUGUCGUUGGUGAUCGACGGGCAGGAGCGCCUGUGCCUGGCGCAGAUCUCCAACACUCUCCUCAAGAACUUCAGCUACAACGAGAUCCACAACCGCCGCGUGGCGCUGGGCAUCACGUGCGUGCAGUGCACGCCGGUGCAGCUGGAGAUCCUGCGGCGCGCCGGGGCCAUGCCCAUCUCCUCGCGCCGCUGCGGCAUGAUUACCAAACGCGAGGCCGAGCGCCUGUGCAAGUCCUUCCUGGGCGAGAACAGGCCGCCCAAGCUGCCGGACAACUUCGCCUUCGACGUGUCUCACGAGUGCGCGUGGGGCUGCCGCGGCAGCUUCAUUCCCGCUCGCUACAACAGCUCCCGCGCCAAGUGCAUCAAAUGCAGCUACUGCAACAUGUACUUCUCCCCCAACAAGUUCAUCUUCCACUCCCACCGCACGCCUGACGCCAAGUACACGCAGCCGGAUGCCGCCAACUUCAACUCGUGGCGUCGCCACCUGAAGCUCACCGACAAGAGCCCCCAGGACGAGCUAGUCUUCGCCUGGGAGGACGUCAAGGCCAUGUUCAACGGCGGCAGCCGCAAACGCGCGCUGCCUCAGCCGGGCGCGCACCCCGCCUGCCACCCGCUCAGCUCCGUCAAGGCGGCCGCCGUGGCGGCGGCGGCGGCGGCGGCGGUGGCUGGAGGUGGGGGGCUGCUGGGCCCGCACCUCCUGGGGGCGCCACCGCCGCCGCCGCCGCCGCCACCCCUGGCGGAGCUGGCGGGUGCACCCCACGCUCAUCACAAACGGCCGCGGUUCGACGACGACGACGACUCGCUGCAGGAAGCGGCCGUCGUGGCUGCCGCCAGUCUUUCUGCCGCCGCCGCCAGCCUCUCGGUGGCCGCAGCCUCGAGCGGCGCCGGAGCCGGAGGGGGCGGCGCCGGGGGCGGCUGCGUAACCGGCGUUGGCGCCGGCGCGGGCGCCGUGGCCGGCGCCAAAGGCCCGCGCAGUUACCCCGUCAUCCCGGUGCCCAGCAAGGGCUCCUUCGGGGGCGUGCUGCAGAAGUUCCCGGGCUGCGGGGGGCUCUUUCCGCACCCGUACACCUUCCCGGCCGCGGCCGCAGCCUUUGGCUUAUGCCACAAGAAGGAGGACGCGGGUACCGCAGCCGAGGCCCUGGGGGGCGCGGGCGGCGCGGGCACGGGGCCCAAGGCCGGCCUGUCGGGCCUCUUCUGGCCCGCGGGCCGCAAGGACGCCUUCUACCCGCCCUUCUGCAUGUUCUGGCCUCCGCGGACCCCAGGCGGGCUUCCCGUGCCCACCUACCUACAGCCCCCGCCGCAGCCGCCUUCUGCGCUCGGCUGCGCGCUUGGAGAAAGCCCGGCCCUGCUGCGCCAGGCCUUCCUGGACCUGGCCGAGCCCGGCGGCGCGGCUGGGAGCGCCGAUGCUGCGCCACCGCCGGGCCAGCCCCCUCCGGUCGUGGCCAACGGCCCGGGCUCAGGCCCCCCGCCUCCCGCCGGGGCUGCGGGCGCUCGCGAUGCGCUCUUCGAGUCGCCCCCGGGCGGCAGCGGCGGGGACUGCAGCGCGGGCUCCACGCCGCCCGCGGACCCAGGCGGUGUGUCGGGCGCAGGGGCCACGACGGCUGGAGUGGGCCCCGGGGGCGCCCGAGUGCCCGCGCCCCACCACCCACACCUCCUGGAGGGGCGCAAGGCGGGCGGAGGCAGCUACCAUCAUUCGAGCGCCUUCCGGCCGGUGGGCGGCAAGGACGACGCGGAGAGCCUGGCCAAGCUGCACGGGGCGUCCGCGGGCGCGCCGCACUCGGCGCCAGCGCAUCACCACCAUCACCAUCACCACCCGCACCACCACCACCACCACACCCCGCAGCCGCCGUCGCCGCUGCUGCUGCUGCCCCCGCAGCCCGACGAGCCGGGGUCUGAGCGCCACCACCCCGCCCCGCCGCCGCCCCCGCCCCCGCCGCCCCCGCUGGCCCCGCCGCCGCACCACCGAGGCCUCCUGUCCCCCGGCGGCACCAGCUGCAGCUACCCCAGCGAGGACAGCUCCGAGGACGAGGAGGACGAGGAGGAGGAGCAGGAGGUGGACGUGGAGAGCCACAAACCCCCCGAAGGCGAAGAGGAGGAGGAGGAAGGUCGAGACCCCGACGACGACGAGGAGGAAGACGAGGAGACGAGGGUCCUGCUGGGGGACCCCUUAGUCGGGGGCGGCCGGUUCCUUCAGGGCCGAGGGCUGUCGGAGAAGGGGAGCAGCCGGGACCGCGCACCGGCCGCCGCGGGCGCUUUCCCACUGACCCUGAACUCCUCCAGGCUGCUGCCCGAGGACGGGAAACUGGGUGACCCCGGCGGCUCGGACUUGCCCCCGCCCCCGCCCCCACCCCUGGCUUCCCAGAAAGCGAGCGGCGGCGGCGAUAGCAGCAGCAGCCCGGGCAGCCCGGUCCACCAUCCAUCAUUGGAGGAGCAGCCCUCCUACAAAGAUAAUCAGAAAACUAAGGAAAAUAACCAAGUUAUUUUAUCUACAAAAGAUGACAACUUUUCAGAUAAGAACAAGGAGCACAGCUUUUUCAUCACAGACUCUGAGGCUUCCGGAGGAGAUUUUUGGAAAGAAAGAUCAGGUGAACACACUCAAGAAACAAAUUCACCUCAUUCUCUCAAAAAGGAUGUAGAAAAUAUGGGGAAAGAAGAACUUCAGAAGGUUUUAUUUGAACAAAUAGAUUUACGGAGACGACUGGAACAAGAAUUCCAAGUGUUAAAAGGAAAUACAUCUUUCCCAGUAUUCAAUAAUUUCCAGGACCAGAUGAAAAGGGAACUAGCCUACCGAGAAGAAAUGGUGCAACAGCUACAAAUUAUCCCCUAUGCAGCAAGCUUGAUCAGGAAAGAAAAGCUUGGUGCCCAUCUCAGCAAAAGUUAAACGGUGCACAGAACCACUUACUCUUGUUCUUUUGUAAGAUACAGCCUGCCACUGAGCACUUCCGACCCACAUAAAGACUGCGAUUGAAAGGGCUUGGUAAUCAAAUAGAAAAUCAGAUUCAGGAGAACCCAAGGACAAGUGACCUCAAAGCCGCAUGGACAACCAUGUAAAAUAGACUGUGGCGGCCAUUGGUUAGUGGGGGGAGGGGAUGCCAACCAGAGCCGGCAAUGCUUGUCGCAUCUUUUGGUGGAACCAAAGUUUGAGUCUUUGUGUUUUUAAAGGCCAACUGAACCCAGAGCAUUGGGAGUGCUGUUAGCCAAGCAGGGUGGGAAAUUCAUGGACCGAAAUUCAGUGUUGCACACGUGGAGAGGGCAGCUCUAAAGACUGUCUGUAACUUUUGAAGAAGUGAUUCUUUGUGGAAAGAAAACACAAAACCUGUCCUUGGAGUGGGGGUCACGUUUCGACAGCUAGGAUGGCAUCAGCCGUGUAAACUGCUUUUCAUAGCAAACUGGACGGACUUUCACGUGGCCCCUUCCUCUCUGGUACUUUGCCUGCUGUAUGAAUGAAGAUUGUAUUCCUCUGGAAAUAUUUUACAGUUUAAUAUUGAGUGUAAUUAAGAAUAUAAUCAUGUUAUCAAAAAUGGUAUUUAACUGUUGUAGUUUCUUUAACAUUCAU